UUUGUCAUUCCCAUAAUAGUGAAGUUCUUCAGUGGAAAUUGAAAAAAGUGUAGUGAUGAAGUUUAUUCUGGUCGUUCUUGGUUGCAUCUUGGGGCUUAGCUACGCCCAAACGCAAUGUGAUUGGGAAACUGUGGGCACAUUUUCCAAGGUUAUCUGCAUUUCGAAGACGAAAUUCAAGUUUUCACUAGAUUACACUGAUGACGAAGCUUUGGAAUGUCCACUGGGAACAGUUUGUGCUGACGUGAUCGACAUAUGCACUGCAAAUGGGGAGCCUCUUUGUAAGAAUACGGUGGCUGGAAAGAGGGGUUCCUGUAAUGAAUGUGUGGACGAUAAAGUCAACAGGGUUUGCAUCAGUGAGACGGAAUAUUCUAUCUGCAAUGGUGGUAAGGUACUGACGGCCUUAAAAUACAUUUGCCCUCCGGACAGACCUUAUUGCCAAGCAGCAUUUAUGGACGAUGAAGUUACAGAUAUCUGCACAGAUCAAAAACUAGAUCUUGACUGCACUGCUCCAGGUUGCGGGAAUGGGAAUGAUGGAGGAACCGGAAAUGAUGGUGGAACUGGAAAUAAUGGAGGAAAUGGAAAUAAUGGAGGAAAUGGAAAUAAUGGAGGUAAUAAUAAUGGCACUGGACAACCUGUAUGCACUUCUGAUGGGUUAUUCCCGAAUACCACCGAUACAACUUGCUCUACAUACUAUAAAUGCACAAAAGCUGACUCAGGAGCAUAUAGUAUUCUUCAACUGCAGUGUCUGAACAAAGGCCAUAAGUUCAAUCCUCAGUUGCGUGUUUGCCAAUCAGGGUACGAAUGUACAAAUAAAGCAUCAUAAUGCAAUGCCGAAAAUUUGAGCAAACAUCACCAAAUCGCCUUGUGAAGCUUUUUAUUUUUUGACAAUUAUUAAAGUUUUUGAUAGAAGUUA